GCCAAAAUUUGAACAAAAUAAGAAAAAGAAAAGAAAAGCUAUAUCUCCAUUAUCUACAGAAACUCAAUACACGUGUAAUGUACCGCGUCUAAAUCAGUCAGGUGAAGCACAGGUAAACACGUCAGGUGGACAGUUGGACAAUAAACGUGUAUUCAACUUUGGAAUAGAUUUGUUUACACCAAAUACACAGCUGAUAAACAUGACUUCGCCAUGGUCAGCAUUUGCUCGCCUGAAUGAAGCACCAAACGUAGCAUUCAGCGUAUCCCAUUUGACAGACACCGGUCCUUCUCCUGGUGAAAUAAUGAAAUAUAAAACAGUUUUGUUAAAUGCAGGGAAUGGAUAUAAUCCGUCAACUGGAAUAUUCACUGCUCCUGUUGGUGGUACAUACUCAUUCAAUGUUCAAAUGUGUUUACAUCCGGGCACUUAUUCGUACUAUGUUAUAAAAGUUGGAAGUAAAACAGUGUCAGCCCAAUAUGGAUACGAUGCAAGCUACUACGAUUGUUUUCCAAGUCAUGCACUGGCUGUUGUUCAAAAGAAUGAACAAGUCACUGUUCAAUGGACAACCUCUAGUUAUUCUUCAGGUCGUAUCUAUGAAUACAAUAGUUAUACAAAUUCCUUCUCUGGUGUUUUGCUACGUACACUAUGA